CUAGCCUAGACCGUUGUAGAAAGCUGUGCCUCCCUGUGAAACGGUCAACCAAGGCAAGAAGGCCUUGUAAUAUUGGUAGCAAGCUAGCUCUUUGUCAAAUUCUGAACUGUGUUGUAUUUUAUGUUAGAAGCAGUUCAGGUCGUUGUCUUUAUAGGCUAAUCGGCAUAAAAUGACUGACCAAUCAUCACUACUGCUUCGAAAACAACUGGCAGAGCUCAACAAGAACCCCGUGGAGGGAUUUUCAGCAGGCCUCAUAGACGAUGAUGACAUACAUCAGUGGGAGGUCGUCGUUAUUGGCCCUCAAGAUACAUUAUUCGAGGGUGGUUUCUUUAAAGCCUACCUGACCUUUCCCCAUGACUACCCUCACAGGCCUCCAAAAAUGAAGUUCAUCACAGAAAUAUGGCAUCCCAAUGUUGCAAAGAAUGGUGACGUAUGUAUCUCCAUCCUGCAUGAGCCUGGUGAGGAUAAAUUUGGCUACGAGAAGCCCGAGGAGCGCUGGCUGCCCAUCCACACAGUAGAGACCAUCAUGAUCAGUGUCAUCUCCAUGCUAGCUGACCCGAAUGGUGAUUCACCCGCCAAUGUGGACGCAGCACUGUGUUAUGCCAUGCAGAAAGAAUGGAGAGAGGAUCCUUGUGGAGAGUUCAAGAGGAAGGUGGCUCGCUGUGUACGAAAGAGUCAGGAGAUGGCUUUUGACUAGGCCCCCUCCUUACCUUUUCAUCACACACCCAAUACAAUUUGAACAUUGGCGGAUACAUCAUGUCACUCUUCAAUAAAGACUUUUGCACCAGUGUUUUGCUCUUAGGGAGAUUUGGAAUAAAAAGCCAGCCCUUUCAUUUAGUUGUAUAAAGAGGGUCAUCUUGUUUCUUCCAAAUGAAUGUGGAGAAAAAUCCCCUCAUGGUUAUUGCCCAGUUUUCAACCUUUAUUUAUUUAGAUUAUGACAAUUCAAGAUGCAUGUCUUUUUCUUUUUUUUUUUGACAAACCUACCCCACCACCACCUGCCACUGAGCCAUCUACUUCAGACUUGUCUCUUAUGCAAUUUUGGAGUUAAGAGCAUUUGUGUUCAUUAAGAGGUUGAUAGUGACAAACAAUGGCUUCUCUUGCCCCUGUUCCUUACCUCUUGAAGCCCAUCCCCUCAAGUGUUCUGCAAAGUCAUUGCUCUCACAGUCAAUACACUCUGCCUUAAGUUGUUUCCCUGUAAGGAAAGGAAACUGUCCAGUGAUGUCAACGUCUGUGUCAGGAUGUCUCCUCAGUUUUUGAUCAAGAACUUUUUGGGGGAUAAACCAAAAAUCUAGGAAUAUUAGCAUGAGGGACAGAGAAUAUUUUUUGUAAUAAAGAUCACAGCUAUAACAUUUUAUUCUAUGUAAAUAUUACGUACUGUGUCAGAUAUGAAAUGAUUUGUGUGGAUUUUCUUUGGUGAAGUGUGUACUUAGUUCUCCUUGCUUUUAUAGUCUAUUUCCUUCCUAGGAUGGCUUCUCUUCAGGGGCGCUUUGUUGUUUUGUCCUUUUGUCUAUUCUUAAAUCUUUGCUCUGGUCAAUGUGUACAGAAAGUAGUAAUCCAUCCCAUUUCAGAUUUGGAUCUGCCUUUUUUCCCCCCUUGUCUAGUAUCUGUUAUGGUGUGAUGAAUGAAGUAAUGUCCGUUUUGGUUGAAUGGCCAAGCAAGCAUUGCCAUUUUCUUCUGUACAAGUGACUAGGCAUUUGCAGUAGCACAAUUUCUCUAUCCUAAGACGAGGUGCUUUUGUGUUACACAAUAAUUGUUAUUCAUCCAGGGCAAAGUGUUAAUAGAUUCCUUAGAACAAGCAAUAAAAAGUGUAGCUCAGUAGUUAAUUUAACUUAUACCAAUACUUUUACCCAUUUAAAUGUGAAGGCUGGCACGAGUUGUAAUAUUGCAGUUUUUACACCCAUAAUAAAUGUCUAUAAAUGCCCAACAAAGUUUUCAAAACAGUGAAAUAUUCAUGUUGAUUGACAAUGUAAGAUUGUGUAAGAAAGACUAUUAGACAUUUUGUUGUUUUAAUACAUUAUGCACCAGCUUACAUGAUCAUUGAAACCACCCUACAAUAGCAUGUCAAUGUACUCUUAUUCAGUAUAAAAUCCUCUUAGCCACAAGAAAGUGGAGGCACAAAAAA